UGGGUUGGUUCCACUAUUCCAUGUUCAGAUGAUAAGUACUGACCCAGAACAAGACUUGGAAAUUGAAUGUUUACGGCAUGGAUAUAUUUGCCUUUCUCCCAGCUAUAAGAGAGUUCAUCUAAACUUCUAAACCAAGCCCAACUUACAUUACUAGAAAUUCGCAGCAGCUAUAAACAUGUCAAAUCACCGUAAUCCCUGUCUUGUUCUCUUCCAUGUUGUUUUGCUUUCUCUACUUCCAUUGAAGAUCACGUGUUCAGCAAGAACGCAAGCAGAAGCACUCGUCCAAUGGAAGAACAGCUUGUCUUUUUCGCCACCUUCUCUCAACUCUUGGUCCUUGUCCAAUCUCACCAACCUCUGCAACUGGACUUCCAUUACCUGCGAUGGCACUGGAACAGUCAGCGAAAUCAACCUCUCCAAUGCAAACAUGUCUGGUUCCAUCGCCCAAUUCAACUUCACUCCAUUUGCCAAUCUCACGCGCCUUGACCUCAUCAAUAGCGGUAUGGAAGGGCCAAUACCGUCCGCAAUUGGUACUCUGUCCAAACUCCUCGUCUUGGACUUGAGCAACAAUUCUUUUGAAGGAAACAUACCAUCGGAGAUAGGUCGUCUAGCGGAGCUUCAAUAUCUGAGUCUAUUCAACAACAAUCUCAAUGGUACCAUCCCUUCUCAAGUUAGCAAUCUCCAAAAAGUAAGGUACCUCGACCUUGGAUUCAACUAUUUUGUUUCUAUUGACUGGUCGGAUUUCUUGGUCAUGCCUUUGUUGACACACCUAAGCUUAGAUUACAAUGAACUUGAUCAAUUGGAAUUCCCUCAAUUUAUACUCAACUGCCGUAAUCUUACAUUCCUAGACUUGUCACUGAAUAACUUGACUGGUCCAAUACCGGAAUCAUUGUACACCAAUCUGAGCAAGCUUGAGUAUCUUAAUCUCACCAGCAAUGCCUUUGAAGGACCAUUGUCAUCGAACAUUUCCAAGCUUUCCCAACUCAUAGAUCUCCGACUAGGAACCAAUCAGUUAAACGGUUCAAUUCCUGAGAGUAUAGGAACCAUGUCUAAUCUUGAAACUGUUGAGUUGUUUGAAAAUCCGUUUGAAGGGAAAAUUCCAUCUUCUUUUAGCCAACUAAGAAAGCUCAAGAAACUUGAUCUCCACUCGGGUGGCUUAAAUUCUGCAAUCCCAUCCGAGCUUGGUUCCUGUACUAAUCUGACCUUUUUGGCUCUAGCUGGGAAUCAAAUGAGUGGGAAGUUGCCUAUGUCCUUGUCACAACUCACAAAAAUAAUUGAGUUGGGUUUAUCUGAUAAUUCUUUUGAAGGUGAGAUCCCCCCAGCUCUCAUUUCUAAUUGGACCAACUUGAUUAGUUUGGAACUUCAAAACAAUUUAUUCACGGGAAGGAUUCCACCAGAAAUAGGCCUAUUGACAAAGCUCCACUUGCUCUUUCUCUAUGGUAAUAAACUCUCUGGCUCAAUUCCUUCAGAGAUUGGAAACUUGAAGUCCAUGAUUAAUCUCGACCUUUCAGGAAAUCAACUUUCGGGUCCAAUUCCUCGUACUAUAUGGAGUCUUUCAAACCUUACAGGUUUACAACUUUUCUAUAAUGAGCUUAGUGGCACAAUUCCACCAGAGGUUGGAAACAUGACCUCUUUGGAGUCUCUUGAUCUCAACACAAAUCUCUUGCAUGGGGAAUUACCAGACUCAAUUUCUAACCUCACUAACCUGAAAUCUAUCUCCCUGUUCACCAAUAGCUUCUCAGGUAGCAUUCCUCGGGAUUUUGGGAAAUAUAGCCCUAAUUUGAUUUAUGUUAGCUUUUCAAGCAAUAGCUUCUCUGGAGAAUUGCCCCCUGAAUUAUGCAGUGGCUUUGCUCUUCAAAAUCUCACGGUAAAUGGGAACAACUUCACAGGGUCAUUGCCAGCUUGCUUGAGGAACUGUACAAGGCUACGAAGAGUUCGGUUUGAUGGGAAUCAAUUUACGGGUGACAUCACCAAUGCAUUUGGGGUUUAUCCUGAUCUUGACUUUAUUACUCUUAGUGACAAUCAAUUUACUGGAGAAAUCUCGCCAGAGUGGGGAGAUUGCCAAAGUCUCACCCAUCUAGCAAUGGACAACAACAAAAUUUUUGGUGAAAUCCCCGCUGAGCUUGGGAAGUUGAGUAAGUUGCGUUUCAUAAACUUGUGAGCCAAUAAGUUGACAGGAGUGUUAGUGUAAGCCCUGCAAGCAAAUCGAUUUUGUGCUUGUAAAAUACUAUAUUAAUUAGUCAUAUUUCAUGUUAAAUACAUUAUGGAUAUUUUUAUAUAAUGUAUGAGGUAUUUCU